AUGUUGCAGCAUACACAGACCAAAAAGCCUCUACCGCCUGCUACCAUUGCCGCCUACAGCAACGCGAUGGACAAUUGCUCAACACAUGCUCACACCCUUCAGAGCAGAAUGUACCGAACUUUCUUGUUCGCUCAGAGACGUCACUAUCUGCUACAGAAGCAGAGCAUAUGUGUGAUUUAG